UAACUGUGUGUUUGGGAAUUCCUUUUGCGCCAUAGUCAGCCAGGUUUGUCAACCACUGCCCUGGAAUAACAAAGUCCCUCAACUCAGUCCGAGAGGGACAGAACGAAGAAAAUGGAUUGUGGGUUUCUGAUUUCUCUGAUCUUUUUCAAUCUUCUCCUCGUCUUUUCCUUUGGUAAACCUGAUGGAGUGUGUGUCUCCCAAGGUGGUCGCUUUCCACCUUUCUCAUCUGAAGGAAAACCUCCAAAAAAGGUAAGCAAAGGAACCAAAGAUUUGACCCUCUGUAGGGUGUUCCGCAGAAAGACUUGCUGCGAUGUAGCCCAGACACAUCCUGCAUUGCUAUCUGUUAGACGUCUGGCUUCAACAGGAGAAGCCAGCCAAGAAUGCUUGCACUUAUGGGAACUAUUGGAAUGUUCAAUCUGUGAUCCACGUGUAGGUGUUCAGCCUGGACCUCCACUGAUAUGCAGCUCCUUUUGUCACAGAGUCUAUGAGACUUGCGCUAAUGCUUAUUUCUCUAUGGAUGCAAAGACCCAGGUUCUAGCACCAUGUGGAGUAAAGGACUUUGUCUGUGGUAGGGCUUCUGAAUGGGUAUCCAAUGGCACAGAGCUCUGCCGUGCUGCUGGUUUUGCUGUUAACCCAUCUGAUGAAAUGUACAUUAGCACGGAAGACACAUCUUGCUAUGGUGGUAAAGCCAGUCUAGAUUCCAUUGCUGAUUCAUGGAGGCCUUCACAUUCUGAGGUGCCCCAGAGAGCGGAAAUUUUGGGGUUGUUUGAAGAUUUCCAGCGAUGGGCGAGAGUGAUGCCAUUUAGCGAAAGAGUUUCUUGGGCAGUGGGAGGGAUGGUUCUUACAGCAGGUUUAUUAUUUAUAAGCAAAAGAAAGAGUCAUAGCCAUCGCCAGAAGCUUGCAGCUAUUCAGCGCACUGCAAGGAAGCUGGAAGCCCAGAUGAAUGACAAGAAGUUUGCUACUAAUCAAGGAAAUAGGAAAGGAAGUAGAAGAUGACUGUCCUUUGUGAACGUAAAUAGUCGUUUGUCAAUUACAUGCGAAUCCUGAACUUAUUGUUAUAAUAUUACAGAUGAAUGUUUUUGGCUGUUUUUA